AUGAACUGCUUGGAAGUUUCUAUGCUCUUGCUUUUGGUACUACAUGUAUACAUAGUACCGGUAGCAUUGGUUCAUGGACAACACAUUCGGCCAAAGCCAAACCAAGCCUCAGAGACAAGGGCUGAUGAAACUGUCUACUUUCUAGAUACCUCUGGUCUUGACGAUGCUGGGACAGACUUCUAUCACUUUGCAAGGUUGGAUAUGCAGCUUUUGGAAGACCUGCCAACCUGGAAUUUUAUCAACUUCCACACAACAGAUGAUCAUUUCUAUGGUGAAACUGAUGAUGGAAUGACUGCCUGCCAUUUGAUGAGACAUUCAUCUUCAUCCACACGGUCUACUAGAAAUGAUAAGCUGCUAGGCAUGGUGAGCGACCGUGAAAACAAUAUCUGGUAUGAGAUCAAACCUGAUUUGCACGGGGAUGUCCUUGUCACGGCAACAUUUGAAGGUGACAUUCCUCCUUCUGCAAAAGACAAUGCACACAUUUCACAAGCUCAGUCUUUGUGGAACAAUUUGCGGUCCACAUGGUCGUACCUCAGAGAUCUACCCUGGACGCUGAGACUUGAUCCCGCCAAAGAGCAGGUGAUUGACAUUAUGAUUAUUUGGUCAGAAAACUCAGAAUGCUAUCGGAGUUUUCAGCACGUUGAUUGUACUCUUACAGAAGAUACACGGGACAACAUGUUGGCUUCAUCUGAAUUUGUCAUUGCAACAACAAACUUUGCACUCGCUAAGUCAGACACAAGCACAGUCUUCAACCUGGCUCAUGCACAAAGGGAUACAUCUGGGUACAGAGAAGCUGACACAACACAGAUUCUCACGGACAUGGGUGUACCUUUCUUUGGUCAAUUGAGCUAUUUGCAUCCACUCAGAGAUGAACACAAGGCAGACUUGGUUUCUUUCAUUUACGACAAUCGGAUCAUGGUAGAGCAGGGCAUUGGUGGUCGUGCUCUACUCCCGAUUCCACCUGGACUCCCAUUGGCACCAUUCAUGGCAUGGUCGACCUACUGUGUUGCGUGCCUUGGAGGAGGUUACAUCCCAGCCCACGAGUAUGGUCACAACUUGGGAUGCUUUCAUGAUCGUGGCACUACUGAUGCUUGUGAUGACAACAAGAAUGCCAACUAUGGCUACCGCUCUCCAACAGGCACUUUUCGAACCAUCAUGGCAUAUUCGUGUGUUCCGGGGGAGUGUGAUGACUAUCAGUUGGAUAGGGUCUGUUCAGUUAUCCCCUACUUCUCAGGGCCUGCAUCGUAUCAAAAUGGAGAGGUAAUGGGUGGGGAAGAAAACAACUGUCGAGAACGGAUCAGGCUGGACAAGAGGACAGUUUCCCGUUUUCGGUAA